AUGUCGAAAAUUCUUCUUUUUACUGCAAUUUUUUUUUUAGCUGCAAUUGAAUUGGGCUUUUGUGGAUCAAAAGUUUGUUAUCAGUGUGACGAAAAACAUCCAUCUAGCAAAUGGAAAUUUUGGGGUGAAAAAAUAACAAAAUGUAGUAAUGUUCCAUUCGAAAAAUAUGCUACAAAAACUUCAAAAGCACUUGGAGCUGCUGUUUUAACAUGUUAUACGAAAUUUGAUCAAGCAGGUAAUGUUAUUAAACGAAGUGCUUAUGGACUUGGUGAAGCAUAUGACAAAAAUUACAAAUGUCGAGAUCGAUAUCAUAUAUGUUGUCGAACACCAUUAUGCAAUGAACAUAUACAAGCACCAUGUCCACCAGCACCUAGUCCAACACCGAGAAAAGAAGUCAAAGCAUGCUAUAAAUGUAAAGGUGCAGAAGCUUGUCGACCAGACAAACUUUCAGGAACGGAACUUCGAACAUCAGGUAUUUUUGGUGCCAAGAAUUUAUAUUGCUAUACACAUUUUGAUCCAAAAACAGGUGUUGCUAUUGAACGUGGUGCUUUUGGAUUUGGUGAAGCUUUUGAUAAAAGUGUUAAAUGCGAUGCUAAACAUUAUAUAUGCUGUUAUGAUAACAUGUGUAAUACUCAUACAGCUGGUCUCUGCCCUAGAAAAUAUAAUGACCAUGCAUAA